AUGCUCUCUUUUUUCUCUAACCAGAUCGACCGGCAACACACCGUCUCUAAAGAGGAAAAAACUCUAGACGAUCUUGAACGGUCCGAGGGUUCACAUUUCCCUGGCGAUGACUACCGUCCGUCCGAUCGGAAAAACUGGAUGGCCGAUCUAUCGGUGGAGAAACUAACUCUCAACAAGAUCGUGUGGCCCGGAACUCACGAUUCAGCAACCAACGAAAUCGGAAUACCGUUGAUCUCUCGACCAUUAGCUGAAUGUCAAACGCUCUCCAUCUACGACCAGCUCGUCCUCGGGACACGUGUACUCGAUGUCCGUGUUCAAGAGGAUCGUGAAAUCUGCCACGGGAUCCUGACGUCAUACAACGUCGAUGUCGUCAUAGAUGACGUCAUCAGAUUCUUGUCGGAGACUCACUCGGAGAUCGUAAUCCUGGAGAUACGGACGGAGUACGGACACAAAGACCCUCCGGAGUUCGAGACCUACUUGGCUGACAAGUUAGGUCAAUUCUUGAUCAAGCAAGACGAUAACUUGUUCCACAAGCCGGUAUCGGAGAUCCUGCCGAAAAGGGUUAUUUGCAUCUGGAAGCCGAGAGAGUCUCCGAAGCCGAGUCGUGGUGGACUUCUCUGGAACUCUGAUUAUCUAAAAGAUAACUGGAUCGAUACGGAUCUUCCAUGGACCAAGUUUCAGAGCAAUUUGAAGCAUCUGAGCGAGCAAGCACCGAUAUCUUCUAGAAAGUUCUUUUACCGGGUUGAGAAUACGGUAACGCCGCAAGCGGAUAAUCCGGUCGUUUGGGUUAAACCGGUGACUGAUCGGAUCCGAAAACACGCGAGGCUUUUUAUCUCUCAGUGUGUCUCCAAGGGAUGUGGAGAUAAGUUGCAGAUUCUGUCGACGGAUCUCAUCGACGGUGAUUUCGUGGAUGCCUGCGUCGGACUCACUCACGCAAGAAUUGAAGGGAAAGUUUGA